AUGCCCUCUCGCUGUAGGACCGCACUGCAUAUCGUGACUACCACCCUCUUCGCUGCGGUGGUCCUGUUUGGGAUCCUGCUGGCCUAUGUGACUGGCUAUCAGUUCAUCCACACAGAGCAGCACCACCUGUCCUUCGGCCUGUACGGAGCCAUCCUGUCCCUGCAUCUUUUCCUCCAGAGCCUGUUUGCCUUCCUGGAGCACAGACACAUGCGCAGCCCCGCCCGGCCCCAGCACCUGCGGCGCUCCGUGGCCCUGUGCAUCGCAGCCUACCAGGAGGACCCAGACUACCUGAGGAAGUGCCUCUGCAGCGUGCGCCGCAUCUCCUUCCCCAGCCUGAAGGUGGUGCUGGUGGUGGACGGGAACAGGCCGGAGGACCGCUACAUGAUGGACAUCUUCCAGGAGGUGAUGGGUGGAGCGGACCAGGCCGGCAGCGUGGUGUGGAGAGGGAACUACCACAGUGACGGGGGCGGAGGUGGAGGGGUGGGUAGAGGGGGGGCUGGAGCAGCGUCCCUGCAUGCACAGGAGGCUGCACGUGUGGCCAUGCUAGUGAGGGGCUGCCGCUACUCCUGUAUUAUGCAGGAGUGGGGAGGGAAGAGAGAGGUGAUGUACACAGCCUUCAAAGCCCUGGGAGACUCUGUGGACUAUAUGCAGGUAAGUCUCUGUGUUUAAAUGUUGCAUCUCUCAAUGGGUCCUCUGUCCUGCUUGAUAGAAAUAGGUAAUCUGAUCUCCUUGUGACUGAGUCUCCACAGACUUUGGCAGAAGGCCUUGUAUCGAUGCUCUUCCAUUACGGAGCAAUAUCUCAAAGCUGCGAACACACACACACACACACACACACACACACACACACACACACACACACAUACACACACAGAGGUAAUCCCAUUACUCAAUGGACAGUCACAAACAGCAUUUUUUCCCCCUCCCAAGUGGGUACCCUUUAAUACCCUCUCAAGUGUUACAUAUUAUAGCAACUGAUUGAAAUGUCUGCAUUGCUCUUGGGCUUGCAUACUGUAUACAUAGAGCCAUAAUACAGUAUAUUACUGCAUUGCCAGGGUCAAAGUUCAGUUGUUCAGCUGGAUCUCUCCUGUAUGCUUCUUGAACACCUGUGUGCUGUCAGAAGCCUCUCAUUUCUUCCAGCUAGCUUGAGUGGCACCUGAUAAAACACAGGGGACCUGAAACACCUGCUGUGGCCCUAGACCUUCAGUCUUGGGUCUUUCUCACUCAUUUAUAGACAAUUAAUCACUCAUUUAUUAAUAUAGACCACAUCAGUGUGUAUUGCAUACAUAUCAUCCCUACAGCCGUCAUAAAAUGAAUAGUAAGAUCAAUAGCCGAAUGUGUGAUGGGAUGAGCAAAUUAGAUUCAUCCACUGUCAAAGCCAAUCACAUUACCACCAACUUGGCUCCAUGUCAGUUAUAUUAUAAGGAUGGAAAUAAUGCACAUGUGUAUGUGUGGCUUUGCAGGUGUGUGACUCAGACACAGUUCUGGAUCCAGCGUGCACCAUAGAGAUGCUGAAGAUUCUAGAAGAGGAUGCAAAGGUGGGCGGAGUAGGUGGAGAUGUUCAGGUGAGAGAUUUCUCUAAGAAGAGCCUUCACAUUGUUGUUAUUGUCAUCCUAUCAAAACGUACUUACUAGUUCCACUGAAUCAUCAGAAACAGUUUCUCCUCACUUGUCUCUGUUUCCCUUCAGAUCCUGAAUAAGUAUGACUCGUGGAUCUCCUUUCUGAGCAGUGUGCGUUACUGGAUGGCCUUCAACGUGGAGCGGGCCUGCCAGUCCUACUUUGGCUGUGUGCAGUGUAUCAGUGGUCCCCUGGGCAUGUACCGCAACUCCCUUCUGCAGCAGUUCCUGGAGCCAUGGUACCACCAGACCUUCCUGGGCAGCAAGUGCAGCUUCGGUGACGACCGCCACCUCACCAACCGCGUGCUCAGCUUCGGUUACAAGACCAAGUUCACGGCCCGCUCCAAGUGCCAGACUGAAACGCCAACGCGCUACCUCCGCUGGCUCAACCAGCAGACCCGCUGGAGCAAGUCCUACUUCAGAGAGUGGCUGUACAACGCCCUCUGGUUCCACAAACACAGCCUUUGGAUGACAUACGAGUCUGUGGUGACGGGCUUCUUCCCCUUCUUCCUGGUUGCCACAGUGAUCCACCUGUUCUACCGCGGGCGCCUGUGGAACAUCCUUCUCUUCCUGUUGACAGUGCAACUGGUUGGCAUUGUGAAGGCCACCUACGCCUGCUUCCUGAGGGGCAGUCUGGUCAUGAUCUUCAUGUCUCUCUACUCCCUCCUCUACAUGUCCAGCCUGCUGCCAGCCAAGAUCUUUGCCCUGCUCACUAUCAACAAGGCUGGCUGGGGCACGUCAGGGCGGAGGAAGAUUGUGGUGAACUUCAUAGGGGCGGUGCCCGUCACGGUGUGGGGGGCUGUGCUGCUGGGUGGGGUUGCCUACACCAUCUACUGUGAGACCCAGGAGCCCUUCAGUGAAACAGAGAAAGCCCUUCUCAUCGCUGGGGUCAUCCUGUACGCCUGCUACUGGCUCAUUCUGCUGGUUCUCUACCUGGCUAUAGUGGCCAAGCGCUGCAACAAGAGGGAGGAGCAGUACCACCUGCCGUACGCAGAGGCAUAA